UUGUUAUUAAAAAAAUUAUAAAAAAAUUUCAACUUAAUAAAUUUUUGUUUCGGGCAGUAACUGAGCACCUAUAAAAUUGACAACAUUUGUUGGCACUGGUUCUGCACUUCAUAUUGACUAGAGUAGUCUUAUUCGCAACCUAUUGUACUCCAGCUAUGGGUAUAGAUGCGAUAAGUUUCAGUUUUUCUGUAAUGCUGCUGAUGAUUGUUGUUCACGAAGAUUUUGGGAAAGACACUGAUGCCAGCGACAUUGCGCAGAGGCCUACGGUAACAAAUGGUAUUUUCUUAUAUCGUCAGGUUUUGCGUGUAAAGCGGAUCGAGCAACGACAAGCCGUGACAAAAUUAUCAGAACUGUCCGACCUGAAAAAGCAAAUCAAGAUGGUCGAGCCAAUGGUGAAAAAGAUUCUAGAGAUUCUGGAAAUUUCGAAAUCUCGGGUGCCGAAAAAUUUGGAAGCAUCCCAAUAUGAUAUGCUGUCGCAGCAGGAUCGAGACAGUGUUUCUUUGGUUCUGGAAAAUAUCUUAUUUUUGGGUGACGCUGUCCUGCGAAUUCCGGACGCUGUGCAUAAAGUACUAAAGAAAGAAAAAAAUGCACGGGACACUGUGCAGUGGGCAGUUGGCUACGCCAACACUACCGGUUUCCUUGAUGAAAUAGAUUUGCUUACGUUAGAUUUGAUGUCACAAGAGCUGAAUUUGAUUCCCAGGAAAGAAGGAUAUGUGAACGUGUUUACUGAAUCAUAUAAAAUGCAGGAAAGAGAAACGCAACGACUUCUUCAGAAAGAAAAGGAAAAACAAGUAAAAAAUAAACAGAAAGCAAAGAAGCAAAGAAACCUUAUGUCUGGUCCUCGAGCGGGAGAACUUUAGCCGACCUCCGGACUAAAAAGAAACAACUUCUUCGGAUGUAAUUUCACGUGCAGGGGACCUUUGAUCUCAACAACACGGCCGUCGAUUUCCAUUUUAGGAUGUUGUACCUGCAGGAAUCAGGAUGACGAUUGCAAGGCAUUGUCGCCAUCAUAAGUUUCGAAAAAAAGAUUGCUGGAAUUAUGGCAACUGAACUGAAUGCAUAUUAGUGAUCGGUGGCCCCUUCACUGAAACUCGGUCAGGGUUCUGCACUUUGGGCCGGAAAAGUUUGUAAAGCAAGCACAGUUUCACUGGCACUUUUUAAAAGCAUACUUCAUUUUAUGGGCUGCACGUAACGAAACUCGAAAACAUGCAACACAGCUAAUAUGUGUUUAGUGUUAUCUGCUGUAGAAAGCCGACCUGAAUACUUACUAAAUCAUUUUCCUUUGGCAGAAUUCGGACCUCUUGAAGAGUUCGUUUAGCGUAAUGCUCAACAUCUCCCAGUUUGUUCACUUCGUUUAGAAACCGACUCCUGCAACAAUUUGUGAGAAUCGAUCAUCAAAGAUAGUGAAGAAAAAAUGACUAAAACGUUCUGCUGCUACGGAGUGCAACUUAAUUUACUGUAUUACUGCUGUUGCCUUUGAAUACCGUUUUGCGUUGUCUAAUAAGGCACCACAGUGUCUUGCGCAGUUUAUCAAAGAUUACCGUAAUUUGGACUUGCUCCAUAAAGUGUCAAUAUCAGGCCGCC